UGUUACUAGUGAUUUCUUUUUAAAAAGGAAACUAUACCAGCCUCCUCCACCAUACCAUUUAUUCUUCUCCUCUUCUUUGCUCAAUUGAGUCAAUUCAUAUUACUCUUAUCUUGCUUUUUGGCAAUUCAGUGACAAGUAUACUAGUUAAGAAGAUGAAGGUGAAGAAGGGUUGGCUAGCGGUUCAAGUUGGUUCAGAGGAAGAACUAUCUCAAGAGGGUGGUGUAGAUGAUUCACAAAGAUUUGUGAUUCCUAUUUCUUAUCUUUAUCAUCCUCUUUUCAAGCGACUUCUUGACAAAGCUUAUGAGAUUUAUGGCUACAACACUGAUGGUCCUCUUAAGCUACCAUGUUCUGUUGAUGACUUUGUUCACCUCAGAUGGCGAAUUGAAAAAGAAUCUACACCUUAUCACCACCACCAUCAUCAUCAUCAUCACAACAACCAUCAUCAUAUUCUCCCUCAUGCUUUGUCUUUCAAUUCUUGUUAGUUGUUAAUAAUAUUACUCACUUUUCUGUCACGGAACAAACCUAUGUUCUGAUGUACUGCUAGCUGUGUCUUUUUUUCGUUGUGUGAUUUUUAUAGAUGAGAUGUUUCUACUUUGUAUUUUAAUUGAAAUAAUAGAAAUAGAAGAGAAAUAUUAGUACUAUGCUUA